AUCGAUUUUGAUUUGAUUUGAUUUGGUUUCAAAUGAUUAAUGGAGAAGAGGAAUCAUCGGGAGUUGAUUCUCUAGAUUGUUCUGAUCAAUUACUGCAGAAGGGAAGUGGUCAGGAUGGUUCACCAGGUUCAUCGUUACAUUACUCGUCUUGUGGUGAAUCAGAGUUUGAGCGGUAUUGUAGUGCGAAUUCGGCUUUGGGAACGCCGAGUAUGUGUAGCUCUACUGGACCGUUUCAGGAUUCGUUGGAAUCUGAAUUUGAGAAUUUUAGCUUGGGACCAAGUCUAAUAAGGCUCUCUUCUUUGGAUAAUACACGAUUAGGUAAUGGAGGAAUCCGAUUUUCUCAUGGGGGUGGGUCUUGUAAUGGUAGAAGUAGUAGUGCACCCGGAUUAAUCACCGGGAAUGGUAACACUGAUAUGAAUCAAGAAACUGGUUAUGGUGAAGGUUUGUGUGGUGAUUUGGUUGGUGGUGAAGCUACAAUUGAAAAAGAUUCCGUGAAUCUGUUGGACGAAAUGGAAGAUGAGGAUAUUUUGUGUAGAUCAAAUUCACAAUACCAUACGAGUGGUAUAGAUAGAGAAGGUGGAAGUUCGAUAGAUGAUGAACAAUCUGAUGGUGAUGACUCACUUAGUGAUUCAGGUGAUCAUUCUCGUAAAUAUGUUCCACGGAAUUUUCAGUUUAAAAAGGAGCCAAAAGAUGAGAAUGAUAAUCCAUUUCUUAUCAAUUCCUCCACUGCCUUUGGUACAAAUGAUUGGGAUGAGUUUGAACUUGAAGCCACAGAACUUGUUGACACUCAAUUUGACUUCAGUGGGUUUGAGAAGCGUGAUAAAGGGUGUACUGAAAGUGAAGGGACAUCCACAGAAUUAUUUUCUGUAGCUGAACAAAAGCUUCCAGAUAUAGCUCAAGCAGGAAUGGGGGAAGAGCAUACAAAUGUAACUGUGAGCACUAGAUAUGCUCCAGAUGUAGGUGACGUCCGUGCAAAUAUUGAAGAUAUUAGAUCUAGAGAUUUAACUGUCUUGACUCAAAGGGAGCAAGGUAACGUAGCAAGAGACAGCAUAACUGCCAGAGAUUUUGGAGACCUGAGCGCUGAAGUUAAAACCUUAGUGUUUCGUCAAUCACUGGUAACAGAUGAAUCUCUCCGUGACAGUUGUCUUAGCAACAGUCAAACUGAAGAUAGACCUGUAGCCAUGAAUUACAUUCAAUCUUGUAGCGCUGACGACAUCCUAGAUAUUAUACCAACUGAGUUAGGUAUUGAAGAUCCUUCAGAUGGGGUCUUCGACCUAGAUGGCGAUGUUUCUUCUGGUCUACUUCAUGAAUCAUCUGAGAAUGGAAAACAGACAGAACCAUUUGGGGAGUGCACCUCAGAACCGUUGUUGGCAUCUCAGAAGUCUGAUAUGCCAUCAUCUAGAGAUUCUCAUCCUGUAACAAAUGCCUUACAAGUCGCUUACACACAACCUAAGAAGGAGAACACAGAGCUAAACGACUUCUAUGAUGAUUUUGUUCAUGAUAUGGAAGAAAUACUGCUAGACUCUGGUGAAUCAUCUGGCGUAAGAUUUUCUAAGAAUGACAAGAUGUUCCAACUACAGCUCUCUCUGCCUAACAGGGAUGGGGGGCAAACUGCUACAACGUCUGGUCUAGAUGAUUCAUCUCCAACAGCUUCCCAGCGAUUUAGGAUUGAUAGGGUUGAAGUUGUCGGGGUAAAGCAAAAGAAAGGUGAUGUCUCGCUGAGUGAAAGAUUGGUUGGGGUGAAGGAAUACACAGUGUAUGUCAUAAGGGUUUGGAGUGGGAAAGACAAGUGGGAAAUUGAAAGAAGAUAUCGUGAUUUUUAUAGUCUCUACCGUCGUUUGACAUCUUUAUUUGCUGAUCAAGGCUGGACGCUUCCUACACCAUGGGCCUCUGUAGAGAGAGAAUCCAGGAAAAUAUUUGGAACAUCGCCCAAUGCCGUUGCUGAAAGGACUGUCCUUAUUCAAGAUUGUUUAAAUUCAGUUCUCCAAUCCCGGUUUUUUCCCACACUUCCAAAUGCGGUACUUCGUUUUUUAUCCCCUCAAGAUGCAUAUGCUAAUUCUUCUGGGUUUUCUAUAGCAUCUCCAACAGACUCUGCUGGCAUCACUGCUGCUGCAAGCAGUUCUUCGUAUGGAAAUACCAUCUCGUUCAUUGUUGAUAUUCGACCUCAAAAAUCAGUAAAGCAGUUGCUAGAAGCUCAGCAUUACAUUUGCGCUGGAUGCCAUAGAUACUUUGAUGAUGGAGCCACUCUUGUGCGGGACUUUGUGAAAGCUCUUGGAUGGGGUAAGCCUCGGCUUUGUGAAUAUACUGGUCAAUUGUUUUGUUCUUCCUGCCAUGCAAAUGACAUGGCAGUUCUGCCAGCGAGAGUGUUACAUCAUUGGGAUUUUAAUCGUUAUCCAGUUUCUCAAUUGGCAAAAUCAUAUCUGGACUCCAUACACGAGCAGCCUAUGCUUUGUGUCAGUGCGGUCAACCCGUUUCUGUCCUCGAAAGUCCCUGCACUCAACCGUGUUAUGAGCAUCCGGAAAAGAAUAACCAUUAUGCUUCCAUAUGUACGCUGCCCAUUCCGCAAGACACUCAACAAAGGACUCAGUUCUCGGAGAUACCUUCUUGAGAGCACUGAUUUUUUUGCUUUGAGAGAUCUAAUUGAUCUUUCUAAAGGGCCAUUUGCAGCACUUCCUGCAAUCGUUGAGACCGUUAGGAGGAAAAUCCUGGAGCAUAUUACGGAACAGUGCCUUGUUUGUUGUGAUGUGGGGGUUCCCUGUAAUGCUCGACAAGCUUGUGACGACACAUCCUCUUUAAUAUUUCCAUUCCAGGAGAAAGAUGAGGUUAACAAAUGCCGGUCGUGCGGUUCGGUUUUCCACAAGAGAUGCUUAGCAAGACUCUCAAGCUGCCAUUGCGGAGCACAACUAAAGCCGAAAAAGAGCCCUGGAGAGCUGCAAGUAUCAGAGAAGAAAUCAGAUUCUACGUCUGUCUUGCCUCUACGAUUCCUCUCAAGUUUAUUUGGUAAGACAAAACAAGACAAAGAGACCACUAUUCUAAUGGGUUCACUUCCAACCAACGAGCUAUAAAUUGAUUCUUUUAUGUAUGUGUGUAAACUUAAACCUUUGUAAUGUAAAGCUCGAAGCUUGUUUAAACAUAGCUUCUAUUAACUUUUUCUUGUUGAAAGAUAAUAAAAUACGGGUCUAGUG